UUAUUAGAUCGGUUGACCAGCUACCAAGCUAUUCUGUUCGGUGCGUUCGGUGUCAUUCAUCAAUCUAGUGCAAGAGGUUGUUCCAGAGGGUAUUGCAUAUUUUGUAAGAAGCAAAAGGAAGGAACAAAAAUGUUUGAAUCAGCACGCCAAUAUUGGAAUGUUCUCCGUUCGCCGGAGAACCGUUUAAGGGUGGCACAGGUGGUAAUCGGAAUUAUCGUCCUCGGAGUGGAGUUUCCAAAACCACUGUAUUAUUCGGACGUUAGCAUGGCGGAUUAUAUUCUGUUCUUUUUCACAUUCAAUGCCACACUCUUGACGCUGGUGAGGCUGAUAGAUACCAUCAGAGCCGAUCAUCCGAUCGAGAAGGUCUUCGGGGAGGAAUUGUGGUUUCGAACGGAGCUCCGAUUCACCGGGCUUAUGACGCUAGCGUUAUGUUUCUCAGCCUGGGCAGUGUUUUUGGUGGCCAUCGCCGUAAUCUACUUCCCUGCCCAGAAUAUCGUCGGCGGUGUGUUCGGUUUUGCGCUCAGUGGGCUGUAUCUAGUCGAUUGGUGGCAACUGUUCCAGAAACGGCGCUCUGCUCGAGCUGAUACCGGUGCUGAUGAUGCUGAACUUGCAGUGGGAAGAGCGGACGACGUAAAAGGAAGCUUCCUGGCGGUGAACCUUGGUAUCUGUUCCACUGAUUGACGAGUUUGAACCUACUAAAAGGAUAUUAGUCGACUAAUCGAAUAUUUCGAUUCUCGAAUACAUUUAAAACAUAAGAGAUCUUAUUUUUUUGAACA